AAAACACAUCUAGACCUAUAUUAACUAAUGAUUGAGCCAAAUAAUGCUAUGGUCGUCAAUUUAAUAAUGACAGAAUAAAAAUACAUUCCUUAAUGUUACACUGCUUGUUUUCGUUCCAAUCGUCUGAUGCUUGUUGAAGAUUUGCGCUCGUAAUUAGGAACAGAGGUUAUCGGCUCUUGCUUUCUGCAUGACCCGCUUGCUGAUCGACACAUUUGUCCUUCAACUUUUCAGCAUCAAAUCUUGACCUGAGAUUAAUCAAAGCCCCGAUCAUAUGUAGAAUCGAUCAAUAGUCCUAUGGCGACGCUUAAUCAAUAGAUUAGAUAAUCGACGUUAUCUUCUCGUUUUCAUGGAAUUUCCAACGAACAGUGUUACUGUAUUAUAACGGUUAUUGGGUUUUUGUCUGGAUGAUUACCUCGACAUGUUUAAAUAGCAUGAUUUGUAAAAUCGUCAAUAGAUUUUUUGAUUUAUUGAGUGAGGUGUAUAGGCCUUGAGCCAUCUCAAUGUCGUUAUCUGCGAGGACAAUAUUAACGAUUUUGGCCAUUCAUUUAUUUGGCAUUUUCAGCGAAAGGGUGCCACAACACCAUUGAGUCUGGCAAACAGUAUCUCUGUUCGUUUAGCAUUUCCCAUCAACAAUGUAGCUCUAACAUCAUGUCCAAUUAUCUUUCUAUCUAUGCCAGGGUUAUGUUUAUAAUUGUUUAACGAAGGCUAAAAGGGAUACAAGGUAUUUCCAAAAGACUUGCACUAACGAAAAGUGCUUUGAAAUCGUGUAUUCGUGCAUACUGGAUUAUGUGUGAAAUCUAUUUCAUGUAGGGUGCAUGGUCCGUUAAUUAAACGUUGUUGUGUGUGGGUGUGUGUGUGUGUGUGUGUGUGUGUGUGUGUGUGUGUGUGUGUGUGUGUGUGUGUGUGUGUGUGUGUGUGUGUGUGUGUGUGUGUGUGUGUGUGUGUGUGUGUGUGUGUGUGUGUGUGUGUGUGUGUGUGUGUGUGUGUGUGUGUGUGUUUUCUUCCUUUUAAUUGCGCAAACCUCCUGAGCCUGAAAUUUAAAAAACUAGAUUUUGCCCCUGGCACCCCCCGAGAUAAUUAGCCAUCCGUCACAGCCUACAUAGCCUACUCGCAGGACUAUCUGCUUCUUUGGCUUCAGAGAGUGUCGAAGAGGUAGAUGGGGGAGCAGUAUAUAUACUGGUAAAUUGGCGCUAGUUACAAAUGAAUUAACGAAGACAAACCGAUCCCGAAUCUCUAACCGAUUCAAUCAAACCGGGUAGACCGUGGAUGGACUUUAACAGCUGAGCCACAGAGCCACGAUGUUGACGAGGCUUUUCAGUGACCCAUCGCUGCAGUCGGACGUUCACAAGUACUCCGGCUGGGCGGAGGACAGCGAGAGCGAGGACUCCAAGAUGAAAGACGACGACCUGGACCACGAACGCUGCCGACAGGGUGAUGACGACACGGACGACCCCGAGCUUAGGGGCAGCGGCGCUCACUCCGAAAACCUCGGGGAGGACGACGAUGACGACGACCUAGGUGAGGACGAGGAGGAUGAGGAUGAUGAGGGUGCUGGCGAGGGAGACGCAGAGGAUGGCAGGCCGAAGAAACGGGGGCCCAAGAAGCGUAAAAUGACCCCGGCGCGCGCCCAGCGCUCCAAGGUGCGCCGCCAGAAGGCGAACGCGCGGGAGAGGACGCGCAUGCACGACCUGAACUCGGCGCUCGACAGCCUGCGGAAAGUAGUGCCGUGUUAUUCCAAAACACAGAAACUCUCCAAAAUCGAGACUCUCCGGCUGGCUAAGAACUACAUAUGGGCUCUGUCUGAGAUACUGCGCUCUGGGAAAAGGCCCGACCUCGUGUCCUACGUCCAGACGCUGUGUAAAGGACUGUCCCAGCCCACUACGAACUUGGUCGCCGGCUGCCUGCAGCUGAACUCCCGCAACUUCUUAACAGAGCCGUGUCAGGAGUCGGGCAGAUACGCGUCCAGUUCGUUCUCCGUGCACUCGUAUCCGUACCCGUGCGCUCGCCUGGCCAGUCCGCACUGUCAGUCGGGGUCGAACUCCCUUCCGCUGAGGACACAUGGAUACUGCUCGGCCUACGACUCCCUGUACGGCGGGAGCGGGUCCCCCGAGUACAACAGUCCGGAGUACGAGGGACCUCUUAGCCCGCCGGUUUGCAUCAACGGCAACUUUUCCCUCAAGCACCAGAGCCCACCGUCGCCUGAACACGAGAAGGGAUACCACUACUCUAUGCAUUACUCGUCCGGCCUGGCCGGCUCCAGACAAACCCCCGCCCAUAACCUGGUGUUCGGAUCGUCCGGAAUGCGGAGCGGCAUUCACAACGAGAACGUGCUGCCUUAUCACGACGUGCAUCCGCAUCACGAAAGGCCCCCCGCCUAUGAUGAACUGAACGCGUUUUUUCACAACUAAUAGUAGUAAUGAGGAGCAUAAGAAUUGAACACGCGCCUCUUACAAUCAACGAUCUAGCACAUUCUAAUAAAGUUUCACUUGUCACGCCCAUCCAUGCAACUUUCAAGCUUACGAACGGAGAGUUAUGGUGGUCGCACACCCGAUUCUGAUGGUUGAUUUAUUUUUUGUACAUCUUUGGUUUGCGAUUUGUCAUGAUUUAUUUUUGAUUCACGACCAUAUAACCCUUCUAUAUACAACUUGCAAAGAAACACAGGAAUUUGUACGACCCGGUUUGACUCGCGAUGUAAAUGCUAAACUAUGGUGGUCAAUGUCAUGUUGAGUUUUUAAUGAAAGAAGAAUCAGCAUUUUUAAGGAAAGCAAUCGUUUAACAUCUAUGCAAGUUUGAUAAAGAAUUGCAAAGACUACCGCGAGGUAACAAUCCCCUAAAAACUGUCAUUUUGAGGCCUAUCUUUCACCUUAUCUGGGCACACACAAUUGUACAGGGCAAACGCACGCACGCACGCACACACACACACACACACACACACACACACACACACACACACACACACACACACACACACACACACACACACACACACACACACACACACACACACACACACACACACACACACACACACACACACACACAC